AAGUAACUAUUCAGAUUAUAAUUCAUUUCUUGCUAAAUAUUAAAAAUUCAAUCAAACUUCUCAGAUUAUUUAUAAAAAUCCUUGCGACUCGAACAAGUUUCCGCACGAUGGCAGGUGGCUUUACCAGCAACAUCUCAGCCAAGGCUAAAGAAGUCAUGAAAGAAGAGUACUGUAAAGCUACAGAGUUCCUUUCAGAUGCGACCAAGAGCCGAGCCUACUUAUACCCCUUCAAGGGUAUAAUCUAUUUUGUAACCCACAAAUCACUAUGGAAGCCAUUCUCCUCUCGCAUUUUGCCAACUCUGGGGCUUACCAUAGGUGUCUUCGCCUCCAUGCUCUUCUUUACUUAUGUACCGCAGCUUGCAAUCCUUGUCUUUAUCAAUGGCCCUUUGGCUAUUUUCACUACCAUUCUUCUCAUACUCAACGAAAGCUCCAUUAUUAUCAACAUAUUCUCUCGUAAUUUUCUCUUACGGGAUGCUCUACUUGAUGCCUUCGAUGGUACACUUAUCGCAAGAAACGCCAUUAAUAUCGUCAAGGAAGGACGUCAAUUAAAGUCUGGCAAUGACCCUGUUUCAAGAUUGGGUAAAAUUCUUAAAAGCCCUUUUUCGAAAUUUACUCCGAAAGCUUUGAUAAGAUAUGUUAUGUAUCUUCCCCUAAAUUUUAUCCCCGUUAUUGGCACGAUUAUUUUUCUAUUUUUUCAAGGUCGAUCAAGGGGCAGUGUUGUUCAUGAUCGGUAUUUUCAACUAAAAGGAUGGCCUUCGCCCCAACAGCAGGAUUGGCUUAAGCGGUACACGAGCCCAUACACCACCUUUGGGACGGUAGCGACCCUUCUCGAGAUGAUACCCGUCUUAUCAAUAUUCUUUACGAUCACCAACGCCGUGGGCGCUGCUCUCUGGGCUGCCGACAUUGAGCAAGGGAAGACACAGAUGAUCCAGGGCACGGCCGGCAACCUGCGAGAGACUGCCAAGAAGGCCGAGUAAGGUUGUGCAAGAGAUAUGCCAAACCGACGUCCCCGAGAUUAGGUGGACCAAAGAUCCUGCACAUAAAUGUAUAGACCGACCGUGUCAUAUUCGUAAGACCUCAACGGUAGGAUUUGAGGGAGCUUGUAAAACUCGCCACCACAUAGCGACCUAGACACAGGCAAGGGUUAUUAGACCGGUGGAAAUUCUGGGGAGAUUUACCGGAUACGUGCGAUCCAAGCUCACGAUACAGCUGGACCUCAACUUUCUAGGUAUUUAGACAUCACCAAUCACUAAGAAUCACAAUAUAUCGAGUCAUUAUCGGACCUAAAGCAUUUCCCCCGAG